GUAGUUUUUUCAGACGAAGUCACCGUAGAGUUUUGAACUUCACGCUACACAGGAGGAAAUGAGACCCAACGUUGUCACUGAGGCGGGCUUGUCUACAAGGGUUGGUCAAUGGUGGGAAAGCAUUCCUUUCCUUACUUCUGCCGUGGUGGUUGUUUGUGGGGCUAUUUAUUUGAUAUGUCUCUUGGUUGGAUAUGAUUCCUUCUACGAAAUCUGUUUCUUGCCAUCUGCUGUUAUAUCAAGAUUUCAAGUUUACAGGAUCUUUACUGCCAUUGUAUUUCAUGGCUCGCUGCUUCAUGUUUUUUUCAACAUGUUGGCACUGGUGCCUUUGGGGUCGGAAUUGGAGAGAAUCAUGGGAUCUGUUCGCUUGCUGUACAUGAUGAUUCUGUUGGCCAUAAGCAAUGCGAUUCUCCACCUGAUCAUAGCCCUGGUCGUAUCCCACAAUCCAUUUCAUCCAUUUCCAGAGCUCAUGGAUGAGUGUGCAAUAGGUUUCUCAGGAAUAUUGUUUUCCAUGAUUGUGAUAGAAACUAAUUUGAGCGGUGCCCAAACUAGAAGUGUAUUUGGCCUCUUCAAUGUACCUGCAAAGUGGUAUGCCUUUAUCCUAUUGGUAGUCUUCCAGUUUCUCAUGUCAAAUGUCUCGUUACUCGGACACCUGUGUGGCAUUUUGUCUGGAUUUGCAUAUACCUAUGGGUUUUUCAACUUGCUUAUACCCGGAACAUCCUUCUACUCUGCAAUUGAGGCUUACCCUUGGCUUUCUUCUUGUGUGAGGCGGCCGAAGUUCAUUCUGUGUACUGGAGGAAAUCCUACUGGAUAUAUUCCAACAUAUUCUGGCCAGACUACAACCUCCAGUGGAAUUUUGUCUGGAAAUAUGUGGAGAAACCUGUCCUCGUGGAUGCCACAGCGAGAAACGGCUCCUCAGUCGAUGCCGCAGCAAGACAGUAGGUUUCCUGGAAGGGCCAGAACUCUUGCAUCUGGUCAAAGUCAAACUACUCUGUCUGGUGACUCAGAUGCCAACCUGCAGGCUCGACUACUGGAUGAAAAUGACCAUCUUUCUCCAACUGAAAAUGUCGCAAGACAGCAAGUUUUAGAUGGAAGGAGGCCAGGACUAGAUAAUGCAGUUGUAGCUCCUCUCGAGAAUCCUGCUCUUCACCAGAGUACAGCUCUUCCUGAUGAGCAAAUUCAAAAGCUGGUAUCCAUGGGUUUCGAAAAGACGCAGGUUGAGGUUGCCCUGGCGGCUGCUGACAUGGAUAUCAAUGUAGCAGUUGAAAUUCUCAUGAGCCAGCAGGGAUGAUCUGCGAGUCCAGCCCGUGAUCUAAACUAAAACUAGUGCAGAGAUUUAUCAAUCAGGAUUUCUUCUUCUUUAACUUUGUUUGCAUACUACUGCACGAAAUGCGAAGAAGAUAGAUUUCGUACAGUCAAAAGGAACUACAGUUGAACAAUUAGAAAAAUUCGAGGAAGUGUAAUAACUGUGUUUUGUCGAAAGAAGGGUGCAAAGAAACAUAGAAUCUGUCUUGUAAAGCAAGUUAAAGGAACUGCAAGUCGCAAAUUCGGACACCAGUGAGUCCAUCGUUGUUAAAAGGAAAACCAAAAAGCUCAUAUAUAUAUAAGCAUGUAGUUAGAACAAGAAAGAUGCCCCUUCUGCAUUUUUUCGUGCUUUAAACCAAAGGCCAGAAUAGUGUUAUCAUCACUCUGUUCUCAUUGGCAGACUUCUCUGUCCACCAGCCUUGGCAAUGGAUCUUGAUUCUUGUAGUACCCAAAACUGAAAACGCCUCUCUCCAGUAAACCCUGCACAAAGAAAAAUAACAUUUAACUAGAACUCGGGUAAAUCGUCAUCCAAUUAAUUCAUGACCCAAAACCUUCUGCUUCUGAAUGGGAUCCUACCAAAUCUUGACCAAAACCAGAGCAAUCAUACGGCUUCGUGAAACUUGGUCCUCUUACGAUAUCUAGCACGGAAACGAGGCUUCUUCUGAUGCCUGGCCACUGUUUCCUCUGUGCAUCCAGAACCCAAGUGCCCAGACCCACCACACCGGUAACAUGAAACCUCGAGUGGACCGGCAACUCGAAGCUCACUACAGCACAGGUGACCAACCUUCUUGCACAAGUAACAUUCCAUUUCCUUGAGAUCAUCAGGUGAAUAAUCGCUCUUACAUGACAGCAUAUCGUGCCCCGACUCCCUGCACCUCAAGCAAAUCUCGGAGUUCAAAUCAUCUCCCUCCUCCUCCAAGUGGCAGCCUUCUUCUACAUGGCGGCUCUGGCCACAAUGUUUCCAUGCAUGAUCAAAACUGCCACAGAGGAAGCACGGUUUUUUCUCCUGCUGCAAAGCACAGCGCUUAGCUAUGUGGCCUUCUUGACCACAAUGGGGGCAUAGUAUUUCCAGCAAUCCGUCCGUUGGAGGAUCAAAGUAUCUUGGUCUCCGAAGUAGCUUUCGCAGCACCAGGUUGUCCUCGCCAUAUGUUUUUACUCUAUUAGACGUUUUUUCCAGCUUUUUUUCUACUUCUGCUGUAUCCUGAGAUAGCUUUCGAAGCACCAGGUUGUCCUCGGCAGAU